AUGGCCCCCACAACCCGGAGCUCAUCCUCAUCCGAGAAUUAUUCAAAAACCUUCGAUCCGACAGGCAAAGAUGAGGAAACAAUCAAAAAAUGCAUAUUGGCCCGUACUGAGGAGUACGCCGACAUGUACGACGAGGAUUUAUGGAACAAUUUCCAUGAAGAAUUCGCAGCGUGGAACGAGGAGACCCUACGAAUCGCACCCUUCAAGACUCUAACUGAGCUACGUGACGCCCUUCGAACGAAUGGUGUAUACGCGGCAAAAGGAAGCCCGCACCCGGCAUCCGCCCUCUUUGCAGUCAUUACCGAACCCGAGCAACACAUCUGGACGGAGGAGGAUAUCAGAUAUCACGUACUACGGCGAGGAACGUUCAAUUCGCCGAAUAUCCAACUCACAUACGGCUCCCUGAUUCGUACGAUUCAAAACGAGAAUGCCGUACCAGCCCAGCACGUCACGCACGCCGAACAACCCAUAUCAACACCACCCCCAGCACCACCAGCUUCAGCCAUACCACCUAGCAUAACGACAAGACCACAGGCCCGGUACGAUCAAGCCCGAGAAAUAACACCUACCCCGGUUGCGCCUAGCCAUGGUUACGGCCAAAUAACUCCCGGCGCAAGAACGAUAUAUGAAGCAACACAGAUGUCAAAUACAUCGGCUUCCCAGAGAUUUAAAGCGCACCACGAACCGCAGCACGCUACCUACGUUGCACCGAACCUUCCGAACCUGCAGAAGGCUUUUCUUGACCAUAUGAAGUAUGGAGGCCCCGAGGAAUCGUUCGAUCUUGUAUACCAGACGUUCACACAUAUAUGUGCUCACUACGGAUACCGUACCCCGGAAGCUGUAAGAGAUGUGUUCCAUGUCAUGCUUAAGGGUGCGGCAUCAAGCUAUUACUGGACUAAUAACCCGACUUGGCUACAACAAGGAAUCGACCCAGCAGCAGCGAUAAAGGCACGCUUUGAAACGGAGGAGCACCUUCGCCGAAUACAAGAAACAUGGGACGCUACGAAUCUGCCAAGAACAAUGAACAACCACCCUGAAAAGCCAGUUCUUGAAUGCCUCGAAAUCAUGUUCGCAGAUAUGGAAAAGAUGUAUCAUAAACUUCGCCCAGAGCUUCGAACCGAAGCGCUAUAUAUUGCAAAGCUAUUCGCAGCCACACGACUCGUACCAGCAUGCCACGGAGUUUCAAUAACGUCAACGACCACGGUCUACGCCCUUAUGGAGUCCCUACGAAGAACAGUCACGCAGUGGGAAGAUACGAAAAAGGAAGCUGUUUCUCAAGGCUCACACGUUGUUGACGCCUACUACACGAACCGUCGCUACCACCAUAAGCAGUCGAGUUCACCGCACCGCGGCCGCUCACCACACCGUAACCGACAACAAUACGACGACCGCAGUCGCCGUAGCUCCUCAUGGAAUCCCGCAGCCAAGAUAUGUAGAGUUUGCAAGAGGGCCGGAUGUUGGUCAACUAACCAUACCAAGGAAGAGCAACAGGCAGCUAUUCAGCCAUUCCUUGACCGUGCAAAAGCCUACUUCGCUGCCGGUGAAGAGCAGCCACCUAUAGCUACGAAUCAAGAUGACAGAGCUGAUGACAAAGAAUUCAAAGCAUUUCUCGCAGGAGUAGACGCGCCCAGCAGCUACGAAACGGAGGAUCGUGAGGAUCAAGGACCGCUAGAGGCUGCUGGCUGGUUUACUACAGCUAGCCCAGAGCAUGAAAAGUUCUCUCACUCACUUGCUCAAGACCUUGCCAACCGCUCUACAGCCCAUUUUCUUGAGUCAAUGCUUCGAACCGAACCUCACUCGAAGCUAUUUGAAGAUAUUGCUACAACAACUGACGCACUAUACGAUGCUCUCCCAGUACUACCUCAAUAUUCUUUCCUCACCGAGCCCCGUUACUCGACAAACACGUUUGUGGGUAUAUUGAUUGACACUGGCGCUGCAGAACACUCUACAGCCGGAUACCCACAAUACCUUGCUUACCGGAAGACUGCUAAGAAUGUCGUACUUGACACGUCCACAGCAGGCCAAGCUAGCAUACGAUUCGGACCUGGCGAAUCAAUUAAAUCAAUCGGCUCAAUUGACGUACCUACCCCCAUUGGUACGAUACGAUUCCAUAUACUUGAAGUAAUGACACCUUUUCUACUCUCGAUCAAGGAUAUGGACCGACUCGGCAUCUUCUUUGACAAUACAAAGAACGUCCUCGUCGGACCGAGCCCCGGCAUGACAACCCCAGUCUCACGUCGCUUCGGUCAUCCAUUUCUUAUAUGGGACCACGCGCUCCAAUCGUACCUGACCGAAUCCUUUGAUGCCGAAACAUGCUUCCUGACUGAGACUGAACUACGUCGCCUACACCGCCGAUUUGGCCACCCGUCAGUCGAGAAGCUUCGAAGAAUGCUUGAACGCGCAGGCCAUAAUGUUGAUUCUGAAGCGCUAAAGCAUAUCCGGAAGGUCUGCCACCACUGUCAAAUCCAUGGUCAGUCCCCUGGCCGCUUCAGAUUUACACUACAGGACGAUGUUAGCUUCAACCACUCAAUUAUUGUCGACAUUAUGUAUAUCAACGGAAAACCAGUGCUCCACGUUGUUGACGAAGCUACACGCUUCAACGCUGCACAUUGGCUUGACAAUAUUUCAGCAAAAGCAACAUGGACUACACUACGGAUCAUGUGGAUUGACAUGUAUCUUGGUCCCCCUGAUUUUAUUGUUACCGACGCUGGCAAGAACUUUACCAGCAAGGAAUUCUCACAGAACGCUUUGUCAAUGAAUAUUACCGUCACUACUGUACCCGUCGAAGCACAUUGGUCAAUUGGCACUGUUGAGCGCUACCACGCCGUACUUCGCCGCUCCUACGAAAUCAUGAAAAAGGAGCUACCUGGUAUAUCUGCUGAAGCAGCACUACAAAUGGCUGUCAAGGCCGUUAAUGAUACUGCAGGCCCAGAUGGCCUCGUUCCGACCCUUCUUGUAUUCGGUGCCUACCCCCGAAUGACUGAAUACGACCCCCCGUCACCUACUACUACCCAACGAGCCGCAGCCGUCAAGAAGGCCAUGACUGAGAUACGAAAAAUACGUGCCCAACGCCAAAUCAGUGAUGCCCUUAAUACAAGAAACGGACCCUCAUCAACUGCCGUACACCGUCUUCCCCUCAAUUCAGACGUACUCGUGUGGAGAGAAGGAAACACCGGAUAUGCAGGAGAAUGGACCGGAUCAUACAAAUUACUAGCAGUCAACAAUGAGACGUGUAUUAUCGAACUUCCAAGUGGACCGACCUCAUUCCGGUCAACCGCCGUCAAGCCGUAUCAUGCUGAACCCGAAGCACAGCCAAAUGGUCCUAUCCCCAGUGAAAAAGACGUUACCCAGCCCGACCCUGAGAAAAGUAUCCAAGAAGCCCCGGAAGCCUCCCCCAAGGCCAUCUCACAGGCUAUGAUUCCACCUCUGCCGUCAGUCGUGAUCCCACAAUACGAACCUAAAGCAAGCAGCCUACCGCGCCCCCAACGAGAUCGUCGCCUACCCGCACGGUAUAGAGAAGAUUACACGCAGCAUACAUUCCUUGGCCAGUUCACACAAGAGCAUGAGGAUGAGUCACGCCACCAAUUCGCAGCUGCCGUAUUAGCCCGAUUCGAAGGCUCGCAGCGAAAAGAGGUCAACGGACUGCUAGAGCGAGGAGUAUUCGAAUACGUUCAAGAAAAGGAUAUCCCUCCAGGCACGAGAAUCUUCACAGCAAGGUUCAUUAACGACAUAAAGAACCCCGGCACCGACAAAGCCUUUGAGAAAUCGCGCCUCGUUGUACAAGCCUACAACGACGGAGACAAGGAAUACGUACUAACACAGUCACCGACAAUACAACGAGCCAGCCAACGAAUCAUUCUCUGCCUUGGCAUGAUUGUGGAAAACGUACGAUAUUAUAUUCGCGAUAUCACGCAGGCCUAUAUCCAGUCAACUACGAAGCUCAACCGCGAUUUUUACAUACGAAUCACACCGGACCUCGCAGAAUACUUCCCCGGAGCUACGUUUCUCAAAGUUGUGCGCCCUCUCUAUGGAAUCCCCGAAGCAGGCAACCACUGGUUCCGUACGUAUCACAACCACCACACGGAAAAGCUCAAUAUGGAGACGUCGACCUACGACCCAUGCCUUCUUCACUGCUCCGAUUCAAAGCAAGGAUUUGGUAUCGUAGGCAUGCAAACUGACGAUACUCUUAUCGUCGCUAACGACACCUUCGCAGUACGAGAGGAGGAAGAGAUUCAACGUGCUAAUAUUCUUUGCAAACCCCGAGAAGAGCUAACGAUUGAUAACCCGCUCAAAUUUAAUGGUGCGGUUGUUACAGAGACUGCCCAGGGUAUUACCCUCACCCAGAAACGCACCUGCAGUCAUAUUCGGCUUGUACAAGAUCAACCAGCGGACACUACGAAUUCACGUGGCAAGGUACGAAAAGAUGCCACGCCGAAGGAACAAUACAUUGCCCAACGAGCCCUUGGUGCGUAUAUCGCUUCAAUGUCACAACCUGAAGCCUCCUUCGAUCUUUCCUUCGCAGCACAGACAACGGACCCCCAGAGGGACGAUAUCAAGGCUCUCAAUAAGCGUUUACAAUGGCAGCUCGACAACCCUGAACGAGGACUACGAUUUGUCAAACUAGACGUACGAACUCUACGUCUUAUCGCCCUCGUUGAUGCUUCAUUCGCCAACAACAAGGAUUUGUCUUCACAACUCGGCUACGUUAUCGUAUUAGCAGACGAAGCAAACAACGCGAAUAUCCUCCACUGGUCCUCUACGAAGUGCAAGAGGAUAACGCGAAGCGUACUCGGCUCCGAAACGUACGCACUAGCCAAUGGAUUUGAUGCCGCAGCUGCAAUCAAGUCAACUCUCACGCAGCUACUCCACCUUACCGAACCACUACCUCUCAUUGUUUGCACCGAUUCAAAGAGCUUGUACGAAUGCCUCGUCAAGCUUGGUACGACACAGGAAAAACGCCUCAUGAUUGACCUCAUGUGUCUACGCCAAUCAUACGAACGUCAAGAGAUCUCAGAGGUCAGAUGGAUUGACGGCAACAGCAACCCAGCUGAUGCCAUGACAAAAGGCAAGCCAUGCCACGCUUUGCAAGAGCUUAUUGAUACGAACAAGCUACGUAUCAACGUUAACAGCUGGGUGGAAAGGACAGCUACGACACGCAGCCCUGAACCUAAGGCUGUAAGAUUUGCUACACCAUUGGAGUCCCCGGACCAGUAG